UGGUCCUCAUCCUUUCAUCUUUGCGAAUCGCGACUGCCCUGUGCUUCUGGAACCAUCGCCCCGUCUCAAUCCCUACCGCGAGCCACCGGAUUCACACCCCGUCUCGAUCCCUACCGCGAGCCGCCGGAGCAUGCCCUGCCUUCCGCCCUAUCCGCCACACUGUCGCUAGCUGCCGAGCGCCUGGCCUCGGCCCCGAUGCGCGAGCCGUCUUCGCAAUUCGUCCAGAUCCACGGAGCGCUGCCGGCCAAAAUCCGACGUGCCCAGGCCCAGGUCCGCGAGCCCCGAGCCCGGGGAAGCAAGGAAGGAGGUCGCCGGUCACCACUCUGACCGAUUCCCGAGCGGAUCUAGCCGUUUCCCAGCCGGAUUUGGGCGUCCCAUCCCUUUCUUCACCAAGUCCGACCGUCACCUCUGCCACCGCACCGUCAACCAGCACCACCCGAGACUCUCCCUCCCAAAUCACAUCACGGUGAGCACACCCAGGGUUCCCAUAUGCUUAGGCACGCGGUUUUCCCCUUCCUCUGCGUUGCCGGCGCGGGCUUCACCGGCGACCGAGCCGUCGCCGCCUCCCCACACGUCGCCGACUGCCUCCCACCCGUCGCCAUCGGCUGGUAAUGCCUCAAACGGGUUCCCCAUCACGUUCUUAACCUUCUUCCAUUGAUCCCGGGUCGGAAUCACCGGCGGCGAUGGCUCCGACAAGCUCCCACAGCGGCCGGCAUCUCUCGAUCUCCACGGUGGCAGCAUGCGUGGGCAGACAGCGGCGGCGUACCCUCGGCUUCCACGGCGAUGGUGCAGUUGGACGGCGGAGGCCCACGCUAUGGCAGCGGUGCGCGUGGAGGACUUGAGGUGGCGGCGUAGAGGAUUGAAUCUGCCACCCGCCGCCCUCGGCCUCCACGACGACGCCAUCAACUGGCUCUCCCCACACAAGCCCCACCGGACGCGCCUCUCCCAGCGCAGCCGCCUCUCCGUGGUGUGGCUAGCCGCCCAGUUGCCUCCCUCCACGCGACAUGCCAGCAUUCCCAAACCCAUUCCGCUCCUCUGCCCACCUCAGCGUUAGGCAUGGUACUAAUCGCCACGGGCACCGCCACCGCGUGUCCGAGUACGACGAGCACCGCUAUGGAAACGAUGGCACCCCCUAGAGCUCCCCACUCGCCAGUGCAAGUCUAUCGGCAUCUUCAACCAGGCCGGCGGCCACUUCCAGAGCCAGGUGUGUGUGCCUCCACCGAUCCAAUUCUCCUGCCGUCGCUGUACAUUGCCGCUGCAUACCUAUUGCCGCUAAAAAAUCCAACCUCUUCAGGAGAACAUCGAUAGUACCUUACUCUCUCUAGCUCUACCUGUCUAGGUGCUCUUAGUUCAAUUUCUUGAUUUAAAUUGGAUGGUUGCUGUUUUUCUUUUCUUUUCUGCAGAGUACAUUUAGUUGAUGUAAGCAUAUUUGCUCUUUGUUUUCUGCAUAUUGUAAUCGGCGGCCUUGUUGCUACCUUCGCUGAUCAACUGCUUCCUCUGCCAUUGCCAUCUGUGCACGCUCCCUGCAGUGUAAACCCGCAAGGAAUUUAGGGGUUAUCCUAAUUAGAUCUAAAAUAUCAUUUAACAAUAUCAAGUUUUAGGACAUUGUUUUCUUGACUUUUUAUACAUUGCAGGUCCCGAUGUAAGGAGCGCCAUUGUAGGUUAUGGGAGCUCCAGAUUUUUAUACAUUGCCGCGUUGUCACUCAGCUGUGCCACCGGUGAGCAAUUGAUUUUUUUUUCAUGCUCUUUGCAAAGAAUUGAUCAGGAGUAUCAAUUGUUUAAUUCUUCUUCUUUCCUUUCAGAGUUCUUAUAUGAUAAUUUUUUAUGCUAAGAAGGGGAUACUUAUUCUAUAAAUCAUUUGCUUUAUUGUCAUUAUAGAGUAACACAGCUACUGAAUUUGAUGAAGAUCUGGUAUAUAAGCCUGGAUAAAAUCAACCUGUCACUGUUAUUUUCAUUGGGACUUUGUAUAAGGGAUAUAAAGGACCUCCAUUUCUCAGUAGAACAUCAAUUUGUUCUUGGUGCAUCAAUGAAAAUAUUCUUGAUAUUCAGCAUGUCUUAUUUCCAUUUAGAAAUAUCCCAAAUUUCAUUAAGGAUUCUGAUGUACUCAACUUACUGUUUAGUAUGGCUCUUUACGUUUACCAAUGAAUACUUCUCUCCCGGUUCAUUUGUAAUACUUCAUGAUGAGGACAUACUUCCCACGGAUACACGCAUUCCUCCUACCACACAACACGCUGAACAGGUGAUAGAAGGACCAAUAACGCGAGAAUGAGCACACCAACUUAAUCAUCAGGUGAACUUGUUCCUACGGCUACUCACAAAUGUUUACAAGAAUGAAUUACUAUUUAACUAUUGUGAUGAUUUUAUUGUCCUUAGGAACCAGAGAGAAGAACCACACAAGCCCAAGUAUAUAAGUAGAGGCAAGUCAAUUCGGAUUUGGCCCUCCUGACAGCAGCAAAUGAUAAAGGCUAUAACUGUUGAUUCCAAAGUAUUCUGGGGGGUCAUGAGUACUUGAUGGAAAGAUAAUUUCGUCUACUUUCAGAUGGAUUCGGCCUCAUCUCGAAAUUCUUCUUGAGCUAUCUGGAAUCGUUGAAGAGAAUCGCGUCUGUUUUUCAGUCCGAAUCAAACUUGGACCUUGUAUUAGAGUCCAAUUCGGCUUCCAGUGUUUUAACCGAAACUUCUCCUCUUCUAUCUUAUAAAUAGACAGCCGCAUCCUCUUUUAGGGUUUGAGUUUUGAUAGAAUAGAUCUAACUUUUGCUACUUUGUCUUGUAAACACGCGCGUCGGCUAGACCGCCCGAUUACUUGUUUUCGAAACCCCACCACUUCUGUUUUCAGAUUGUGCUCUUCAUCUAUAUUCGUAAUUAAGUUGCUUGUUUAUCUUGUUCUUGCUCGUUCUUCGAGUGCUUGCAGGAACAAAUAUCCUCGUGUUUAGGUUGAUCGUGCUCCGAAAGAUCACGAACAACUUCUAGAGUUGGUGUAUCGAUCAUUAAGGCGCAGGGUUCUUGGAUGGUGUAGUCAGAUCGUCAACGUCUAUUUCACCUAAAUCGACAUUUACCUCUCUCAUCGAAAGUUCGGGACCAGCGUAUCUAUCAAGUGGUAUUAGAUUUCAGGUUGAUUGGUGAGAGACUCCUAGUUUUUCUUUUUACAUUACCUACGGUCCACAAAAACUAAAAAAAUAGUAGAUUAGUUUUUUUCCUUUGUUCCAAAACAUGUUGUGCCUUUUACUAGUUCUGCGAAGUCUAGGCUGGUCUUAGCGUCUAGUCCUUUAGAGUUUUGAGUUCUAGUCACGUUUGUGUCACCACUGCAACCACCACCACCAGAACCAUCGCUGCUGCAAUCCUCUCCACCACCACCACCAGAACCGUCGCUGUGUUUAUUUACAUCAUCUGCUCACAAAUUGAGUUGUAAUCCGCAAGUGUGAGAUCUCUGCAAGUGUGAGAUCCUUGAAAAAACAAAUUAAAAAAAAGAGCAGAAGUAUACCCCUAUUAAAAAAAAGUUUUGUGCUGUGAGUUGUUUGUUUGGGAGUUCUUUUUGCUUUAGUGGAGGAUUUCGAGCUCCUGCAAAAAAAGAAAGAAAAAAAGUGAAAAAAAGAAAAGACGACGAAGAAGAAAAAAAACAAUUCAAAAGUUUGUACUUGUGUUUUCUAUUUCGUUUAUGAUUGGUGACUUCGUUUGUGCCUAGGCUCGCGUCUCUAGUACGGUCUAGCCUAGGACCAGCACAGUACUGUCGUUGAAUGAUUAUUCAACUUAUUUUGACUUAUGUGGUUCUAGUUUUUCCUUGCUACACUUUCAGCCUACCUAGAGCUCCACAAAUACGACUACUACUUCACAAGAACUAGCGACUGCAACAUCGAUACAACCAUUCGCUGGAGGUUGUUCCUAUCUUUUCGGCUGCUAUCACCUCCUGUUUAGCUGGUAAGAACAAGAGCUUGGUUGAACAGGUUGAGAGAGAGAAUUGACAUACCCACAUUCGAGUAGUUCAUAGGGCAUAUUUUUGUGAUUUUAUUGCUGUGUUGUUUUUUUGGUUUUUCACUAGCAAUGGCAGGAUCUCCGAAGAAUGCUACGCCACCGCAUUCUCCUCGUACCAGGGGCAUCAUACAACACUUUGAACGCCAAGUUAGACUGCACACAGAAGGUCUGAAUGAGGAUGUGCAAGUGACCAAUGAACGACUUGGAGCAAACAACAAGUUUGCAACAUUGGAGACUUUUGUUGGAGAGAUCAACACCUCUCUCGCGGGGAUUUUAAAGCGCUUAGAAGAGAUGGGUCGUGCCCCUCCAGUGGCUGACACCAUUGCGGCCACUAAUGGCAACCUUCGCAAUAACAACGGUGAUUUGCGCAGCGAGGUAGCAGCAAACAACGACAACUAUGCCGCUGACUCCGAGCCUGAUGAUGUGGAUGCACGUGAUCGACGUCGAUUACGUUUCAAUCACAUCGGCAUGGGUCCUGUACUUCCACGCCGCGAGGUAUGUGACAAUGAUGAAUCACUAUGAAAGAUUAAAUUCACUAUGUCACCUUUUGAUAGGAAAUAUGAUCCUGAUGCUUACCUCACAUGGGAACUAGCUGUUGAUCAAAAAUUUGAUUGUCAUGAUUUUCCAGAAGGUAAAAGGGUUAGGGCUGCCACUAGUGAAUUUACUGAUUUUGCUUCUGUUUGGUGGAGUGAAUAUUGUCGAAAGAAUCCAAAUAAUACACCACAAAUUUGGGAUGCUUUUAAACGAAUCAUGCGAGCUAGAUUUGUUUCUUCAUAUUAUGCGCGUGAUCUGUUACAUAAAUUGCAACAAUUGAGAUAGGUAGUAAAAGUGUAGAAGAAUACUAUCAAGAAUUGAAAUAAGUAUGUUACGUUGUGGUUUAGAGGAGGGAGACGAGGAUGCUAUGUCUAGAUUUAUGGGUGGUUUGAAUUAUGAAAUUCAGGACAUUUUAGCUUACAAGGAAUACAAUUCUGUCACUCGAUUAUUUCAUUUACUUGUAAGGCUGAAAGAGAAGUGCAGGGACGUCGCAACAGUACUAGGACUAAUGUUUCUGCAGGUCGAGCAAGUUCAUGGUAGCCGCGCAGUGCUGCUCCAACCAGCCGUGUUUCUGCGUCUUCUCCUACAACAGCAAGCCACGCUCUUCUACAACAAAUUCUGCCUCUCGGGCAAUCGAGGCUACAAAGAGUGCUGCACCAACACCAGCAAAGAGCGCUUCUUCUGUUGCAUCUACAGGGCGAAUGAGGGAUAUUCAAUGUGAUCAAUGCAAGGGUUUUGGACAUGUGAAGAGGGAAUGUCUAAGCAAGCGCGUCUUGAUUGUGCGGGAUGAUGGUGAGUUUUCUUCUGCUAGUGAUUUGGAUGAAGAUACAUAUGCUAUGCUUGCAGGUGAUCAUGCAGGGAGUGGAGAUGGUCAUGAUCAAGACGAAGAACACUUUGGUGCUGAAGAUGCGGACCGCUAUGAGAGCCUCAUUGUGCAGCGUGUGUUGAGUGCACAAAUGGAGAAGGCGGAACAGAAUCAGCGACAUACUUUGUUUCACACUAAGUGUGUGAUCAAGGAACGUUCAUGUCGCAUCAUCAUUGAUGGAGGAAGCUGCAAUAAUUUAGCAAGUUUCGAGAUGGUUGAAAAGCUUGCAUUGAACACCAAACCGCACCCGCAGUCAUAUUACAUUCAAUGGUUCAACAACAUCGGCAAGGAGUACACUGACGUCUUUCCAAAGGAAGUGCCAUCAGGGCUGCAACCAAUCCGUGAGAUUGAACAUCAAAUUGACUUCAUUCCCGGGAUCUCCUUACCGAAUCGUGCGCCGUACAGAACCAACCCGGAAGAAACAAAGAAGAUACAACACCAAGUGCAAGAACUGCUUGAUAAAAGAUAUGUGCGGAAUUGAAGUUGAUCAAGCCAAGGUUGAAGCGAUACACAAUUGGCCGAUUUCUACAACGGUCACACAAGUGCGAAGUUUUUUAGGACUUGCUGGAUUCUAUCGCCGCUUUGUGAAGGAUUUCAGCACCAUCGCUGCACCAUUGAAUGAGCUCCACUAAAAAGGUGUACCGUUUGGUUAGAGCGAUGCACAGGAGAACACCUUCAACACGUUGAAUCAUUGAAUGAGCUCCACUAAAAAGGUGUACCGUUUGGUUAGAGCGAUGUACAGGAGAACACCUUCAACACGUUGAAUGAUAAGUUAACACGUGCACCACUACUCCAACUUCCAGAUUUUUCAAAGACUUUUGAACUAGAAUGUGAUGCUAGUAGAAUUGGUUUGGGUGACGUGUUGUUAUAAGAAGGAAAAUCUGUUGCAUAUUUUAAUGAGAAGUUGAGUGGAUCUAGUUUGAAUUA